AGAGGGCAGUACAUAAGAUAUCCCAUCUUACAACACCGGAUAAGUGAUCUGUAUAACAGUCUACGUGUAUACUAUCUUUGUCGAUCCAAUUUCUUACAAUUGUCAGAUUACUGUCAUUUUACCAUUAUAAGUGCAUUUUAAUAAUAACUAUCAUUUUUAUAAGUACAGAAUCAUUUCUGUUGUACAAGCUUUACAUAACUUGUCAUAAUGGCGGAUUCUAAAUACUCUGAUUUACCUGGAAUUGCAUAUGAUCAAGUUGACGUUUAUGAAACAACUGAUUUACCAGAGUCAGAACAAUUUGAAAUUUACUCAGAGGAUGAAUCAGAUUCCAUAGAAAAGUUACAUAUAAAUGCUAGAGAAGCUUUUAGUAAAUUUAGAACCAAGACAGUAGGAGACACCAAAGUUGAUUUUUCAGAUUCUAUUUCGCGUAAAUCAAGAACAGGUUACAAGUUUAGAGAUUAUGAACUUCCAGGUGAAGAUGAAAAAGAAACUCCUAUUCAAAAAUAUCAACGGUUGCAAUGCGAAGUGAAAGAAUUGUAUGAAGAAAUAAAUGCAUUGAAGGAAAAUGCAAAAGAAGAAAAUGAGGAAGUCAAAUCUGCAAUAGAUAUAAUAUCUCAAGUAGAGCAAUUAGGAAAAGAAAUAAAUGAUCUAAAAUUAGAAGAAUCUCUUGGUUCUGGUCUUAUGGAACUGCUUUCAGAUCCUCAAGGAGCUAGAUUGAAGCAACUGAUAUCACAAAUAGAAGUAUUUAGAAACACUGGCAUUCCCAAAUCAGAAACAGAAAUGAAACCAGAGAUCACAGAGACAAAAGAAACAUCUCCGUCUGGUGUUUUGGAAUACAAAAUGAUGUAUCUUCCAGAAAAAGCUAAAAUGCAAGAAAUUGCAAGAAUCGUGCAAUUAGAACAAAGAUUAUGUUGUCUUGAAAGUGUCAUUGGUACAUCUAAUGAAAAUUUUUCUGUUUUUUCACGGAAUUUGAAAUGUCAAGGUAUAAUGGAUGCAGUACAGCAACUAAGUGCAAAAGCUGCACUUUUAGAUACUAGUCAGUUGGAUGCCAUUGAAAGUAGAUUAUCCGCUUUGAUUUAUAGGAUUGAUACUAUUGCUCAGAAGAAAUCUACUUUGACUCCUGAUUCAGAAUUAAAACAAAAGAUCGAAGAAAUGUAUAAAAUAGUGAAAAAGACAGAAAGUAUGUCAGAUAUUUUACCUCUAACUAUAAAUCGAAUGACAUCUUUGAGUACUAUACAUGAACAAGCUGCGAACUACAGUAAGGCAAUGAAACAGUUUGAAGAUCUACAGAAACAAAAUACUCAAUUUAUGGACAGCAAUAAAUGUUUACUCGCGGGUGUACAAGAAAGUUUUGCAUCAAAUUUAGAAGUUAUAAAAAAUAAUAUAACAUCGCUUUCCGAACGCGUUGCAAAGCUUGAUAAGUAAUCAAUAGCAGCUAAUUAAUUAAUCAUUUUAUUGAAAUUAUUAACGUUUUUAUAUUUAUUUAUUAAAACUAUAAGAUAGUAAAAAUUGUACUAUGUAUUAAUGUAAAAUAAAUUAUAUUCCUUAAA